AUGUUUUUUAAUAAAAUAUUGUUAAUUUUAUUUUUUAUAUUAUCUUUAAAUGAAAAAUGCUUUUCAAAAGACCCCGUAACUAUUUACAAUGAUCAAGUUGUUAAUAUUUAUGGAAACUUUGGUGACUAUUUGAAGAUUACACCAACAAUAACUAUUCAAGAGAAACCAUGCGAGCUUUUCGAAUAUGAUGCUAGCCAUAUAUCCUGUUAUUUUAAAAGACUUGAUGAAUGUACAACCGAUUUGCAAAUUAAUUUCUCCAAUAGUAGUACUCGUGAAUCUAUAGUCUAUUCAAAUCUAGUAUGCCCACCAAAACCAAUUGUAGAAAAAUUUAUAAUCAACUAUGAUGAAAAAAAGGAAAAGGUAACCCUAACUAUUGCUGGCAAUUAUUUCCCAACAAAGAAUCCAAAUUUUUUUAUUUCACUAAAUAAUAAUAAUAAGAAAUAUAAACAAGAAAGUGAUAUCUAUCAAGGAGUUGAUGGAUCAAAAGUAGUUAAAUGCAAAGGCAAUUUAGAACUAAAUGAAAACUAUAUCAUUUGCAAUUCAAUUUCAAAAGAUAUAUAUGAAAGCCUUAAAGAAAAGAAACCAAAGGACAGUUAUAUGAUCUUGGCACCAGACGCAUCAAAUAUUAUUGCAAAUAAUGAUGUAAAAGACUAUUUAUUAAAUAAUACAAUUUUAAUAAAGAAAAUAUCAUCAAAAGACAUCCAUGUUUCCAAUAAAAGUUUCAAAUUAAUUGCCUAUGUAGCUAUCCCAUCGUUUGUAUUUUUGGUUCUUAUUGUAAGUGUCUCGGUAUUCAUCCACAAAAUUAGAAGAAAUAAAAAGAAAUAAAUAAAAAUAAAUAAAUUUUUUCCCU